CGGUUUUAUAUUAUAAUACUCGUCAAUACCACUGUGUAUAAAGUCCCGUGAACACACGGUUACUUUUGAUAUAAUAUAAAACUUGAAAAAAAUUCUAAAAAAUUGAAUUUUGAUAUUGAGUGACUUUGAGUGUCAUCAAAUAUGAGAGUACUAUCUUUAGUGUGGAUUGGUCUCAGCAUUUUUUUCUUCAACAUAUCAAUUAUUUCAAGUGACAGGAUUAAUAAAAACCUCCGGCAAUUAUCAGACAAUUCUACAUUAAAACCUUCAAAGCAACUUAUUUCAGAAGACUAUGAUAUUUUUAUUCCAUACCAAGGUGAACGCUUCAGUGUUUUUGACUGGAGUUUAUACAAGCUGUUAGCUAGAAAAUAUCAAGGAAAUAUUUUGAUUUCUCCUGCGUCCUUGAAACUCGCACUAGUUUUAUUAUAUGAGGGAGCUCAGGACCAAACUGCUCACGAAUUAGCAGGAGUUAUGCAAUUACCAGUAGGACAAUGGGCUACAAGAGAAAAGUUUUCGUUGAUUAUUCGAUCUCUUCAGUCACAUUCUGAUGAUUAUCAACUCAAUAUUGGCACUAGGAUUUAUAUGAAUCAAAAUGUAUCUGUGAAACAAAGUUAUGCUGCUAUUGUUAAAACAUUUUAUGGCACAGACAUUGUUUCUAGUAAUUUUACUAAUGCUCAGUCUACCGUCAACAACAUUAACAACUGGGUAAAAAAUUUUACAAGCGGAAAUAUUGAAAAAAUGAUUGAGGACGGAAAUAGCAUAAAAGAUUCUAUAAUGUUGGUGAUGAAUGUCCUGUACUUCAAAGGUCUAUGGUAUGGAAAUAAAUUUUUACCUAAUAAAACAAGGAUUGAUGUCUUUCACCAAGAUGCUCAAAACAAUACCAAUGUAACAUACAUUAAAGCAGUCGGAGAUUUUUAUUAUGCUGAAUCUUCUGAACUCGAUGCUAAAAUUCUUCGAAUUCCUUACAUUGGUCAUAAAUUUGCAAUGUAUUUAAUUUUACCAAGAACUAUUGACGGAUUGGAUCAAUUAAUUAAAAACAUGAAUCCAUUUACAUUAACGAGACAUGUCUGGUUGAUGCAAAGGUUACCAGUAGAAGUGACCAUUCCUAAAUUCAAGUUUGACUUUACAAGUCAUUUAGAAUCUGUACUGAGAGAACUAGGCAUUCGUGAUAUUUUUGAUAACACUGCUAUACUCACAGGUAUAGCCAAAGCUAAACGUAAUCAACAUUUAUAUGUUACUGAUGUUGUCCAGAAAGCUGGAAUCGAGGUAGAUGAGAAAGGUACCUCUGCUUAUGCAGCAACAGAAGUUAAUAUUGGAAAUAAAGUAACAGACCAGCAGUUUUAUGCCGACCAUCCUUUUGCAUUUUAUAUUGAGGAUGAAAUUACUGGAACUAUCCUUUAUAUGGGACGAGUUACUAAUCCUUUGGAGUCUAGUGGAAGUACUGAACAAUCUACGGCAACUCCUGAAAAAGAUGAAUCAUUUGAAAAUCAGAAUGCUCACACUUUUAUGAUUAAUCCAAGUCUUUCAAACGUUGAACGGUCCAAUUUCUUUGACAUUGAACUACUUCAGGCAGCCAGUGAUAUAUACACAGGAAACAUUGUCAUUUCUCCUUUCAGUGUAAAAUCUGCAUUGACAAUUUUAUCAGAGGGAACAGGUGGUAUAACACGUGAUGAACUGGUAUCGACCUUGAGAUUGCCUACAGAUAUUUUAAAGAUUCGAGCGAAUUCUAAACAAUUGCUUUUGUCGUUAUUGAGUACGAGAAAUGGGACUGAAAUUCACUUAGCUAAUCGUCUCUGGCUUGGACGAACUGCUCCGUUUUCUGAUAUGUAUAAUAAUCUUCUUCGUAUGAAUUAUGGAGGUGAUACAAAAAACGUUGUUUUUCUCAACACCAUUACAUCUGCAGCAAUGAUUAAUGAAUGGGUUAAACAGAAUACUAGACAUCAUAUUCUUUCAGUUGUUCAUCCAAACUCACUCAAUCCAAACACUCAAAUAUUACUGACAUCGGCAUUGUAUUUUAAGGGAAAUUGGAUGGAAGCUUUCGACAUUAAUCUUACUCGUGAUCGUUGUUUCAACAUUCCUAAUCGUGGUUGUAAAGAAGUACCUAUGAUGGAAAGUGUUUCUCACUAUCGUUAUGCAGAGAUCCCUGAACUUAAAGCAGAUAUUGUCGAAAUUCCUUAUUCUGAUGGAAAAUAUUCCAUGCUGAUUUUACUACCACAUAGAGAAGGACUAAGGAGUCUAUUGAUUCUUUCCAAAGAUAUUGCUUAUGUAUCAAUUAGCACAAUAAUGAAUACACUUCAGGAUACAGAAUUGAUUCUUCAAUUGCCCAGAUUUACAAUUGAAAGCAAGACAGAUCUUCGACCAGCUCUAGAAAAUAUGGGAAUCAGAGACCUUUUCAGUUAUAGUGCAAAUUUCACUGGAAUUUUAAUCGAUGGUGAAGCUAGAGUGGAAAAUGUUUUUCAUAAUGCCAAAAUUGAAGUCAGUGAGACAGGUACUAUUGCAGCUGCUGUCACAGGCCUUUCAGUAGUCCCUUUGAUAGGAUCAACUCUAGAAACAUUUCGAGCAGAUCGACCUUUUCUAUUCCUCCUUGUUGAUCGACAUAGCAGUAGUAUGCUUUUUGCAGGACGUGUUAUCGAGCCAUAAUAACAUUUUAUAUCAUUGAUUUUACACAGAUACAUAUCCAUGACUUUUUUAUAGUAGCAUGUAUUAAAAAAUUCAUUUGAUUAUGUCAUUCGAGUUUUAAAAGUAUGUAAUUAUGGUAAAUAAUGUCAUUAAAUAUCUUGUAUGCUUUGUUUAAUUUGAUUCUGUGUAUUUUUAUCUUUUGAUAUCUAUGUAUGUAAAUUAGGCAAAUUCCAAUCAAUUGUAUUAUAAUUUAUCUGUUAUAUAUUUUAUAACUUGAUAAAUAUAAACACGUGCUUUGAAUACGUCAA